UAAAAUGCCCAGAUAUCAGGUGGCAUUCAAAAAGCUCCAAAAGGCUGGUCCUUCUCAAGGCUAAAGACUGAAGACCCACUGUCAAAUGGAUUCCCAUUCCCAUCUACCCCAACCUCCACCGUCGCCAUCAUCGCCGCCGCCACAUCCACAGCCCUAAAUCCCACCGCCCACAAUUCACCCGAAAAUACCCAACACCAAUCGCAAUUUCCAACAACCAUGAAGGUCAUUUUGGUCAUAGUCUCACUCUUGCUCUUCAACUCCCUCCUCCCCUGCUACUCCAUAGAAGACGACGUCGCAUGCCUCCAGGGCGUCAAGUCCUCGCUCACCGAUCCAGAAGGGCGGCUGAGCCAAUGGGACCUUGCCAACAGGUCGGUGGCCUCCAUCUGCAAGCUGGUCGGCGUUACCUGCUGGAACGAGAAGGAGAAUCGCCUCAUCAGCCUCCAGCUCCCGUCAAUGGAGCUCGCCGGCAAGCUCCCGGAGUCUCUCAAGUUCUGCCACAGCCUCCAGAGCUUGGAUCUCUCCGGUAACUCUCUCUCCGGUUCGAUUCCUCCCCAAAUCUGCAACUGGCUUCCUUACCUCGUAACCCUAGAUCUUUCUGGCAACUCUCUCUCCGGUUCGAUCCCGCCGGAGAUCGCCAACUGUAAGUUCCUCAACACUCUAAUUUUGAACGACAAUCGCCUCUCCGGUUCUUUGCCAUACGAGCUCGGCCGGCUCGAUAGGCUGAAGAAAUUGUCCGUCGCUAAUAACGAUUUAACCGGCACGAUUCCGCUGGACCUGUCGAAUUUUGAGAAGGAUGAUUUUGAUGGGAACGACGGGCUUUGUGGGAAGCCUCUGGGGUCGAAAUGCGGUGGAUUGAGCAGCAAAAGCCUUGGCAUUAUCAUCGCCGCCGGUGCUAUUAGUGCUGCCGGGUCUCUGAUCUUGGGAUUGGGCAUUUGGUGGUGGUUUUUCGUCAGGGCGGGUCGGAAAAAGCGAAGCUUUGGUGACAGUUUUGGCGGUGGUGAUAAGAGUGAGGGUGGCUGGGUUGGGUUAUUGAGGUCUCACAAGGCUGUUCAGGUGUCUCUGUUUCAAAAACCCAUUGUGAAAGUCCGGUUGGCAGAUUUGUUGGCCGCCACCAACAGUUUCGACCCCCAAAACAUUGUCAUUUCUACGAGGACCGGUGUUUCGUACAAGGCUGUGCUACCUGAUGGGUCGGCAAUGGCGAUUAAGCGGCUCAAUGCGUGUAAGCUUGGUGAGAAACAGUUUAGGUUGGAGAUGAAUAGGUUGGGGCAGGUUAGGCAUCCGAAUUUGGUGCCUUUGCUGGGGUUUUGUGGUUUGGAGGAAGAGAAGCUUUUGGUGUAUAAGCACAUGUACAAUGGCACAUUACACUCCCAGUUACAUGGAAGUGGUAAUGUGAAUAGCCAGUAUGGUUUUUUGGAUUGGCCGACUCGGCUAAGGAUUGGUGUAGGUGCUGCUAGAGGACUUGCCUGGCUUCACCAUGCGUGUCAGCCGCCUUAUAUGCAUCAGAACAUUAGCUCGAAUGUGAUUCUUCUCGACUAUGAUUUUGAAGCUCGCAUAACGGAUUUUGGGCUGGCAAGGCUGGUGGCUUCUCGUGACUCCAAUGACAGUUCGUUUGUAAAUGGGGAUUUGGGAGAGUUUGGUUAUGUGGCUCCUGAGUACGCGAGCACGAUGGUGGCAUCGUUGAAAGGGGAUGUGUAUGGUUUUGGGGUUGUUCUUUUGGAAUUGGUGACUGGACAGAAGCCGCUUGAAAUCAGUAAUGUAUUGGAAGGAUUCAAGGGGAACUUGGUGGAUUGGGUGAAUCAUUUAUCAAACACUGGUCGAAGCAUGGAUGCCAUUGACAAUGUCUUAUCUGGGAAAGGUCACGAUGAUGAAAUUUUGCAGUUUAUGAGGGUUGCUUGUACUUGUGUUGUUUCUAGGCCAAAGGAUAGGCCUUCCAUGUACCAGGUUUACGAGUCACUGAAGAGUUUUGCUGAGAAACACGGUUUCUCCGAACAGUAUGAUGAAUUUCCGUUAGUCUAUGGCAAACCUGUUCCCGAAUCCUGAUUUUAAAGAAAUACUCGCGCAGGGAGAGUUCCAAAGCGCAAGAUAAUGCAACAUUCUUCAGUGUCUGCUUACGAAAGGCGUGUUCUGUAAUUGGUAUGGUUUCCGCUAGGACAUGAUUUCGCUGUUGUAAUGCUCAUCUCGUUGAAUCAUUCUGUAUCAUAAACAAGCAUUAUGCAUUGUAACGUUUAUGUAAUCCACAAAUUCUCUGUUUUCGUUUCUUGAAAAUGCUCCUUCAGAAUCUUCGUUGUAAGUUUCCCUUGCCAGAAAAUGCUUGAAAUUAGCUAUUAAAUUUGUUCACCAUGUA